AUAAUUAAAAGACCGCUGGGAACACUUUUACAAAAGAUGAUGGGCGUGGGUCUUUAAGAACUAAAGCUGUUUUUGUUCACACUGUUCCUGCUUGCACCUGCUUUAGUAAUCUUUUUCUUCAUCCUUUCCAGUCAGGUUGAACAGGAAUCAAGACAAACAGGAAACCUGACCCACAAACUAGCAGCCUCCUCCCAGCAUCUCCUCCCACACCUUUCUCUGCAGAAACACAACCAGAAGCAUUCACAGCUGAACACAAGUUUGCGGUGAAAAUAAUGUUUUGGACAACAACAGGUUCACUUUCUUGCUUUUUUCCCCUCUUUUUGGAAGAGUCGUGAACUGUGCUUUUGGAUUGUGUCUUGACAACAUGCAGACUCACAUUGUUGCCGUUUUUUUGGUCAUCGUCGGCUUCCUGGGAACCAUCCUGAUCUGUGCGCUGCCUAUGUGGAAGGUGACACCUUUCGUUGGGGCAAACAUCAUCACCGCCCAGAUCUAUUGGGAAGGUUUGUGGAUGAACUGCGUACUGGAGAGCACCGGCCACAUGCAGUGUAAGGCCUACGACUCCAUUCUUGCUUUGCCGCAGUACCUGCAGGGCUGCAGGGCUCUGGUCUGCGCCUCCAUUGGGGUCAGCGUCUUGGCCAUCGGCCUCACUGUGGUCGGAGGCCGCUUGACGAACUUCUUCGACUAUGACAGACGGACCAAAACUAACAUUGGCGUGGCUGGAGGUGCGGUUUUCAUAGUGGCGGGGAUUCUGUGCAUCAUUCCAGUCAGCUGGGCGGCGUCCAUCAUCAUCACAGGGUUUUACAGCCCUACAGCCAUCGAUGCCAUGAGGGGAGAGCUUGGAGCUUCAAUAUAUGUCGGCUGGGUGUCAGGAGCUCUGCUUGUCAUUGGAGGAGGGAUACUCUGUGGCACCUACAGAUGCUGAGGAUGAAGACAGCGCCCCCUUUCUGCACCAUGCUGUAACAACAGCGCGUUUAAUGUGUGUCUGUGACACACGACUGUAGCUAAACUUUGUCAUUUAUUUCAAUGAUUUUUUUUGCACUCUUUUUUUACACUUUAUUUGUCAAUGUGACAUGAAUAAAUAAAUGAAGGAUAAUUAAUAAGGAAAAUAAUAGUCAAGUUAUUACACCACCCACUUUUUCUUUAUUAAAAAUGUUAGUUUUAUGGAGAUUCUUCAAAGUUACAUUAUUUUUUUAAGCCGUAGAACCACUUUUUUGUUUUAUAUUUCUAGUUUUUGUUGUACUGAGGCAGUUGUGAAAAUUUCUGCUGAUAAAUAUUAAAUAAUGCUAGUAAAAAUGUAUAAUUAGUACUGAAUUAUGUUCUAAAAACUGACAAACUUUUGUAUAAAAUGAAAUGCAUUCGUUUAAAAAAACAUUUUUAUGAUGCUCUGUUAUUGGGUUUUUGUUUUA